GCAGGGCAAAGAGGAGAUACAAACAUGCACGGACUACACUUUGUGGAGAGCCCAAGGAAUGUGACCUCCUCUCUUGGGAAGCCAGUGGUGCUUCAGUGUACCAUGCGGGGGGAGAGCAUUGACCAGGGGCCCCUGGAUGUGCUCUGGCUGAGGAAUGGACAGCCGCUGGAGUUUGGUGACACCAAUCAGAUGCAGGUGCCUGACGAUGACAACAACUGGCUGGUUAUCAGUGAGCUCAGGAUUGAUGAGGUACAGCUCUCAGACAUGGGUGCCUAUCAAUGUGCUGCAUAUUCUGUUUUAGAGGAUUCAUUAUCUAUUGAGGGACAUAUCAAACUAGAAGACUGUGCAGUUUUUGUGGGCCUUUAUAAGUGGUGCUUGUCAGAUUGUAGGGUAUAG